AUGGCGCAGAUUAGAAAAUUGGAGACACUGAAGACCGCCAAACUCGAAGGAAUUCCACAUCGCCAGGACAAGGAAAACAUCGACUUGUCCGGCACACAGCUCAAGAAAUGGGUAAGGGUCCUCUCCAAGUACAAACCUACCCCCAGUGAGAUGCGUGUCUUAGGAAAAGGUCUGAAUUUUGCGAUCGCCCCUAGCGCUAUUCCUGUCAAAGAGAUCGUCACGGCCACGGAGGUGGCCUGUCAGAAACUUGACCAGGAAGAUGCUGCUUUGUUGAGAAAUGAGGUGGUAGGAAUCCUGCAGAAUUCCAAACCCCCGAAACCCAACCUUUCUAGGGAGGAGAGAGAAGCUGUAAAAUCCCUUAAAGAAAAUAAGGACAUUGUUAUCGUCCCGGCAGAUAAGGGGAAAGCGGUUGUUGUUAUGGACAAAACAGACUACGUGGAAAAAUGCGAAAAGUUGCUAGAAGAUAAGGACACUUAUAAGGUCAUUGGCCCUGUGAACCCCACGAAGAAACUUAAAGGCAGGCUACAGAGAAAACUUAGGGAGAUUAAGAAAGCAGGCCACCUUGACCCCAAGGUUUAUGACAAAGUGUACCCUACAUCUGAUGCUACCCCGAGGUUCUAUGCUACACCCAAGAUACAUAAGAACCCUCUCAAGAUGAGACCUAUAGUGUCUGGGAUUAAUUCCAUCACCUACCACCUAGCUAGACAUCUAGCGGACCUGCUUAAGCCCCUUGUGGGACAGUCAGAGGAACACAUCAAGAACUCUUUGGACUUGGUCACUAAGAUCCGAGAGGUGACACUCGAAGAUGGAGAGGUACUCACAUCUUUUGAUGUCACAGCCCUCUUCACUAGUGUUCCAGGGAAGGAGGUCGUCGGGAUGGCAGUCAGUAGAGCAGAGAAGGAUCCCACCUGGAAAGAUCGUACCUUGUUAACCCCCAAAGAAUUUGGUGAGCUCCUCCUCCUGGUGGUUAGCACUACGUACUUUCAGUACAAUGAUGUUAUCUACGAUCAGACCUUUGGCAUGGCGAUGGGUUCUCCAUUGUCCCCUGUGUUAGCGAACCUGUUCAUGGAGGAGUUCGAGAGGAAAGCUCUACACACUGCUCCACACCGCCCCAAGUUCUGGGGGAGGUAUGUAGACGACACCGGCGUUGUGAACAGACAGGAACAUGAACAGGAACUCUUCGAUCACAUCAACACGCAGCAUGACAGUAUCAAGUUCACUAUUGAGAGGGAACAAGACAACCGUCUCCCCAUGCUGGAUGUCAUGAUGGAAAAAGUCAGAGUAGCCCUCAGACACUGUGGAUACCCAGAAUGGGCCCUGAGGGAGGGGGAAAACAACUCCAGAAAGGACAAAAGUAGCAAGGAACAGAGUAAGACUGGAAAACAAGAGCAACUCCCAGCGAGUUACUUGGUUCUACCCUACAUACAUGGAGUUACAGAGAGGCUGAAACGUGUAUAUGCCAAACACAAUGUGAGCCCGUACUCCAAACCGGGCUUCACCUUACGUAAUGCCCUUGUGAGACCCAAGGACCCUCUAGCACCUGGUGAGAAGUGUGGUGUGAUCUACAAGAUCAAGUGUGAAGAGUGCGGGGAGGUUUACGUUGCCUUCUGUCUCUGUUCAGCUAACCAGAAAAGAGAACACUUCCCCUGGCUAAGCGACGUGUUUCCGUGCUAUCUCCUCCUGUACCUGACGCUAUCAUCCAUGGCCAACCCUGUCAUCUACAGCUUCCGGCUGCCAGAGUUCUGUCGAGCCUGCAGGGAGCUGUGCGGAUGGCGGACCAACGCUAACCCACCGGCGGUACCGGCACGGCGGCAGGACGACGUGGAGAUGAUCGCUAUCACCGGUCCCGGGCGAGGUGCACCGGCCUCGGAAUUGACGCCAGCUCAAACCUCUUCAGAUGGCCUCAUUCACCAGUCGACGAUGCUUUCCCACCAAACACCAAAGCAGACAACACAGGCCGACAUGAUCCCCGGACCAGCGCCUCGUACAGGACACCGUGGCCGUGAGACAACUGCAGGGAGACCGUUCCGGCUAACAGUGAGGGUAGAGGUGCACGAUGAACCACCACCAUGUCCGGACGAAGAGGACGUCCCUACAAUAACUUUGGACACCGACGACGCAACAGCCGGCCACACUUUGGACCAGCCACCUCCGCGUACGAAGAUCGCUUGGGAGUAA